UUAACCUGUUUGCGUUCAUUUAUUUAGGACAUGUGAAGCCACAGCGGACGGCGCGUCCCUCUGGGUGAUCCAAUCUACCACCAGCCGAGAGCAAAUUCAUUUCAAAUGUAGGCUACACGGCCUUUAAUCAGCCAGCAGAGGGAAGCACAUCAAUGCUUCACUGGGAUACGUUUCCUGUGUUUUUAGGAGUCCAGCUCUAACGCCUGCAUGCUGUCGGGCGAUAUGGAGAAACGACAGCAGAUGAAGGACGACCUGCAGCGGUGCAUAGACGCACACAAAGACGAGCUGCACAGUCUGAGUAGAGACAUUUGGAGCAAUCCUGAACUCGCCGGUAACGAGAAACAUGCGCACGACCGGCUUGUCCGCUUCUUCUCUCAGGACCAGACAUGGACGGUCCAGAGUCACUACAAACUUCCGACCGCGUUCAAGGCCAGCUGGGGUCCAGUUAGUGGCGGGGUGGGGGACCCAGUGUUGAACGUGGGGUUCCUGUGCGAGUAUGACGCCCUCCCGGGUAUCGGCCACGCGUGCGGGCACAACCUGAUAGCAGAGGUGGGCGCUGCGGCCGCAGUGGGGCUGAAGGCUGCUUUAGAAAACCAGACUGAGCUCCCAGUGCCUGUGAAGAUAACUGUUCUGGGAACUCCUGCCGAGGAAGAGUUAGGAGGAAAGAUUGAGCUAAUCAAUGCCGGGGCCUUUGCUGAUAUUGAUCUCGUCUUCAUGGCUCAUCCAGCUCAGCAGGAUGCUUCGUUUCACCCUUGCAUCAUAAUCGAAGAGAUGUUAGUGAAGUACUAUGGGAAGGCGUCUCAUGCAGCUGCAUACCCUUGGGAGGGAGUGAAUGCCCUGGAUGCCGCCGUCCUGGCCUAUAGCAACAUCUCUGUACUCAGACAGCAGCUCAAACCAGACUGGAGGAUUCAUGGCAUCAUCAAACAUGGAGGAGAGAAGCCCAACAUUAUCCCAGCCUACACUGAAUUAGAGUUUUAUUUGCGCACCCCGUUGCUCAAAGACCUUUGUGACCUGAAGGCUAAAGCUGAAGCUUGCUUCAGGGCGGCUGCCGGAGCGACCGGUUGCCAAGUGGAGAUCACCUCCCCAACCCCUACCUACUAUAACAUUCUACCUAAUGCCACACUGGCAAGCCUGUAUGAAAGCAAUGGAAAAGCUUUGGGAAUUCACUUUCCAGAGCAGCCAACCAGCUUCUGCGGUUCUACAGACUUUGGCAACGUGUCAUUCAUAGUCCCUGGUAUUCAUCCGUUUUUCUACAUCUGCACUGAUGCAUUAAAUCAUACGGAGGAAUACACCGAAGCAGCAGGAGCUGAAAAGGCCCAGUUGUACACCCUGAGGACAGCCAAGGCCCUGUCUAUGACAGCUGUGGAUGUAGUGUGCUGUCCCGAUCUGCUUAAGAAAGUGAGAGACGACUUUAGACUGGCCAAACUGAAACAGAAGUGAUAGAACUCCCUCAUAACACUGAAAUUAGAAAUGCAUAUAGGAGAAAUUAUAAGGCUUAAAGUAGGUGCUAUAUAUUUUAAGCUAAAGAUCCUUGAGCGUAAGAGAAAAAAACCCCAACAAUCAGAUGGUCCCCUAUGUCCAGGCACUUGGUGACAGUGAGAAGGAGAAACUCCCUUUUAACAGGAAGAAACAUACAGGAGAUUCAAUAUCAGGGAGGAGAAGAAUCAAAACUGUGAGAAAGAAAAGAGACCAAACUGAAAGCAAAGGAUAGAAAGAAAAAAGAAAUGUAAUCACAUGCUGUAGUGCAUCACUGGAACUCCUCCAGCAGCCUGAGCCUAUUGCAGCUUAACUACAGGAUGAUUCAGGGUCACCUGAUCCAGCCUUAAAUAUAAGCCUUAUCAAAAAGAAGGUUUUAAGCCUAAUCUCAAAAGUAGAGAGGGUGUCUGUCCCCCAAAUUCAAACUGGGAGCUGGUUCCACAGAAGAGAGGCCUGAAAGCUGAAGACUCUGCCUCCCAUUCUACAUUUAAAACUCUAUGAACCACAAGUCUCUGGUAGGACAAUAUGGUACUAUGACUUCUUUAAGAUAUGAAGGACUUUGCAUGUGAGGAGAGGGAUUUUAAAUUCAAGCGUGAGUUUAACGGGGAACAAAUGAAGACAUCUAAUAUCUUUCUAGUCUGUGGUAAUGGACAACAUGAAUAACUGAUGAUGAGUUUGGCAUACACUCACAGUUUUACACCACGAACCUCUAAAUAAAACAAGCCUAAAUGUAUUACUCUAUCCACGGAUAGCCCUAUUGUACUUGAUUGCAUGAUCAUACUACCUCUCUCAGUCAUUGAGAUUUCUAGGCGUACUUUCAUCAGCUACACAGCUUGAUAAAAAAAUCUUGGCUCUCAAGAGUGGGCCCAGAUGGGGUGGAAAAUCAGGUUAUGGACAUCUUUUUGAUGCUUUAUCCUUUUCUGCCAGCUUUGAUGCGGUGAUGCCUUUGUUCGCAUUUUUUUUCACUAGAAGAUGGCGCACAAAGUUUAAAUUGACACCUUCGGGAUGUUGCUUAGAUAAAAAAAAAACAACAAAAACAUGCUUCAGCAUAUCCCACUCUCUCACUUUUCUGUGAGGAAAGCCUUAAUGUAAUUGUAUAUGUAUAUAUCCUUUUACACACAUGUGAGUGGUUAAUGGCAUUACAUAAUAUGCAGUGUAUAUGAUUUGUUUUAAAUGCUCAUCAGCACUCAGACAUGUGCCAGAGCGAGAAGAAAGACCUUGGA